AUGUAUCACUACGAGUACGAUGACGACCACUCAACCAACCUCUCGCAAGCAAUUAACGCCAAGUUGAUUACGCGUAGGGGUAUAACAACAGACAGCCCAGAUCCCAUUACUCCGGUUUUUUCGUCGACCGCGCCAACUCGCUCAUCAACUGGACUAACGACUGAAUGGAUACGACAUCAAAAGCUUAGCGGAAGGGCUGUACCCCCGACCCUUGAUACUCUAAAGGGGACAGGUAGUGGAAGGAAAUACAAGAGUGUCACAAAUUCCCAAGAAAACAAUGUGGACCCAAACAGCAUUAACCGCGGCACUUUGCUAGUUAACUCAUCCUACUCGGCACCUUCACCAAGAUAUAACCACGUCUCUUCAGUGGUAAAAAAGCUGAUAGAAGGGAGAAUAACGCCCCAAGAGGCGCGUCGUGCAAGUUCCUCUCGUCGUGGCAGCUCACGAACCACCCGACUGGUUGCCAGUAGCCGAUUCGCUCCUGCCGAUAGGCCAUCAAGCGCCCCGAAACGUCUUCCGAUGGGCAGCGGUAGGACUGGUGGGCUGCUGCCACGUCUAAGAAUAUCGUCAACACCACACAUACCCGUCCGCACGCAGCAAUGGAUCCCUUCAAACUCAGCAAAACCAGCGACGGCGGAAUGCCAAAAAAACAUAUCGCCACGAGGUCCGGCAACCACGCAGUCAUCGGGCAGCUCACGAAGGUUAAACAUGUAUCAAAGGGUGCCACUAUCACGACAAUGCGACUCUUUUCCGAGGAAACCAACAACUGUGGAGGAAAAACCGAAGCCCCCUCAGCCAUUGUUCAGUCGGGUUCCGAGAUGUGCGGCGGAUAUUCCAGAUCAUCGGAAGCCCUCUCCACGACACGAUGUACAGUCAAGAAGGCCGUACGUGCCGCAGUCAGGACGUGAGGUACCGAAAGCGCAUAAGACACCACUCUCCAGGGCAUCCAGUUCGCCGAAAUACAACAGUGCCCGGAGGAGGUACGUGCAGGACAAACAAACCAACGAAACAUCUACUAUCAGCGGAAGGCAACGAGUUCCUGUGAGUGCAGUAGAUGUAGGAAGCAGGGAGAAGGCUAACGUCAGCGAAAGGCAACGAGUUCCUGUAAGUGCAGUAGAUGUAGGAAGCAGGGAGAAGGCUAACGUCACUGAAAGGCAACGAGUUCCUGUGAGUGCAGUAGAUGUAGGAAGCAGGGAGAAGGCUAACGUCACUGAAAGGCAACGAGUUCCUGUAAGUGCAGUAGAUGUAGGAAGCAGGGAGAAGGCUAACGUCACUGAAAGGCAACGAGUUCCUGUGAGUGCAGUAGAUGUAGGAAGCAGGGAGAAGGCUAACGUCAGCGAAAGGCAACGAGUUCCUGUAAGUGCAGUAGAUGUAGGAAGCAGGGAGAAGGCUAACGUCACUGAAAGGCAACGAGUUCCUGUGAGUGCAGUAGAUGUAGGAAGUAAGGAGCAAGAAGACGGACGAGUCACCGCAAUUUCUUCGGACUCGAGAGGCGCAUUAAGUCAGACAAAGGCGAUGGAGACACAAAAAGUCGUCGAUCCGUUGUCAACAAAAGAUAUAAUUUCCCACGACGCGGCUGGUCGUCCCAAACAUAAAUCUCUUAAUGGUGGUUUAGUGAUACCACAGGUGGAGGGGAUUAAGUCAUUACUGCUUUUUGAUAUCAAACCACCGAAACUGAGCGAGACUGGCGCUGUUGCCGCCACUGUCGGUUGA